UACAACUACAGGACACAACAUAGAAGGGUACGGACAUAAGGCUAAAUAGACGCUGUAACCGGCGGUCAUAUAUUGACGUCAGUAUUGGACGUCAAUCUUGUGACCAUGAGAGUCGUAAUAGGAGGGGGGGCUGGCUUUGUGGGCCGUGAGCUGACUCGCCUUCUCAGACACAAAGGUCACAAGGUCACAGUGAUAUCUCGCCAGCCUGGUCCAGAGAAGAUAACAUGGGAUGAGUUGAAGUCUCGUGGCCUCCCACCAUGUGAGGGUGCCGUCAACUUGGCUGGAGAGAAUCUCAUGAACCCACUGCGAUGGUGGAACAAAAGCUACGUCAAUGAUUUGUUCUCCAGUCGCAUUGACACUACAAAAACUCUAGCUCAGGCCAUUGCUGCUUCCCCCAGUCCUCCUCAUUCCUGGGUGCUGGUAACAGGUGUAGCUUGUUACAAGUGCAGUCUGACAGCUGAGUAUACAGAAGACAGUGACUGGACACCAUUUGACCUCUUCUCCACCCUCGUGAAAGAGUGGGAGGCUGCAGCACUUCUGCCUGAGGAUGUGGCAAAAAGCACCAAACAAGUUGUCGUCAGGUCCGGGGUAGUACUGGGUCGUGACGGUGGUGCCAUGAAGCAGAUGCUACCGGCCUUUUGGCUCGGCCUCGGGGGCACUCUGGGCUCUGGGACACAGCCAUUCCCCUGGAUCCAUGUCUCAGACCUGGCAGGACUCAUCACCCACAGCCUGGGGUCCCAGACUGACACUCCCCCCCUUCCACCACUAGUCUUUAAUGGAGUCGCGCCUGCUUUGAACACCAACUAUGAGUUCACUAAAGAACUGGGCCAUGUCCUGAGGCGGCCCACCAUUUGUCCUGUGCCGGUCUUUGUCCUGAAUGCUCUAAUGGGCAGUGAGAGGGCCAUGGUGCUCACCCAGGGCCAGAAAGUCAUACCAAAGAGGACUCUGGAAGCUGGAUUUCAGUACAAGUACCCAGACCUGACCUCAGCCCUGAAGGAGAUUGUUGGAAUCAACUGAUUUUGGAAAAAUGUGGAACCAAAAAUUGUAUAUAAUCAUGUCUUCAUAUUUAAUGUGUGAUACAUGGCAACAAAUCCCACACUGUGCAUCUCUGAGAAAGAUCAGUGUUUUUUCUGGGUUUUAGGACCUGUUACAGUU